CGUCCGACGCACACACGCACAAAUAUGGCGGCAUCCGUUUCACCUCUACGCUCCUCCUUCAGGAUUUGCUCACCGUUAACCGCGCACUAUCAACGCUGCCGUGCCAAACUGCGGACGCACAGAAGGAACGAGAAUCAAAGCAGGCCUCUGUAUCACUCUGUGAGAAGGCAUGCUGCUGUGGUGAUUUCAGGAACAGAGUUGGCUCGUCAGAUUCACAGAGAAAUUCAGCGUGAUGUGGAAGAGCUAGUUGCACAUGGCAACAUGAGACCACACCUUGGCGUAAUCCUAGUUGGAGACGACCCGGCCAGUCAUACCUAUGUUAAGAACAAGACCCGGGCGGCCACCAUCCUGGGUAUUUCCAGUGACACAGUGGUUCGACCCAGCUCAGUGUCCCAGGAAGAGCUGCUGGAGCUGAUCGAUAAGAUGAACCGUGAUUGGAGGGUCAGCGGCCUCUUAGUGCAGCUGCCACUUCCAGAUCACAUCAAUGAGCGAGCUGUGUGUAAUGCCAUCGCUCCAGAGAAGGAUGUGGAUGGUUUCCAUAUUGUGAAUAUUGGAAAGUUGUGCCUGGACCAGAGAUCUAUGGUACCUGCAACGCCGGCAGCAGUCUGGGAAAUGAUCAAAAGAGCAGGAAUUGAGACUGUGGGAAAGAAUGUCCUCGUUGCUGGUCGAUCUAAAAAUGUUGGAAUGCCCAUUGCUAUGUUGCUGCAUACCGAUCGCAACCAUGAACGCCCUGGAGGUGAUGCCACAGUGACCAUCGCUCACAGAUGUACACCGAGGGAUCAGCUGAAAGAGCUAACUGUCCUGGCGGACAUCAUCAUUGCAGCAGCAGGUGUUCCUGGCCUGAUCACAGCAGACAUGGUGAAAGAGGGUGCAGCAGUUAUUGACGUUGGCAUAAAUCGCAUCCUAGACCGGAACACAGGGAAAGUCCGCCUCAUCGGGGAUGUGGAUUAUGAGGGAGUGAAGGAGAAAGCAGCUUUCAUAACACCUGUUCCUGGUGGUGUGGGUCCAAUGACUGUUGCCAUGCUAAUGAAAAACACUGUGACUGCUGCCAGAAAUGCACUCAUGCAUUAAAACCAGCAUACACCCUUCAUUUUAAACAGCGUUACGCAGAGGAAAGAGCAUACGAACGUGCAACAACCUGCAUACAUUUCAAUACACCCUCAAAUGCAAACUCUUCUGCUGAACAUCCAACACACUUUUAUUUCAACAUUUAUGACCUCAAGUGUUCAUACCUGCCUGGAAACCUACUUGAUAUGUACCGCUUAUAUCCUUAUUUAUUAUUUGUUUAUUUAUUUAUUUAUUUAAUGCACAUUUUGCUUUUUUACAUGUAUUUUUUCUACUGCAGUGUUUUGACUGAAUAUGCUUAAAACUAACUGGAACAAAGUCAUAAUAAAAGUUAGUUAAUGUCAGGGCGACAGUGCCCAGGUUUA